GACUAGAGAGUCGUGCCUUGCCUUGAUCAUCUGUGUUUUUUAGCAAAUCUCUUUCUGAGUAUUUCCCCUCUUCUGUUCUAGACAAUAUUGGUACAAAUUCUUUUUGCUCGAGGAUGAAUUGAUACACUGAGAUUGGGCAUGUUUAUAAGUACAAUAGUUUAGACCUGUGAUCUCUCUAGUUGUUUGACAUAUCUAGUAGCCCUGGAGAUACUCGUUAGUAGUACACCUUGGUAUGUUAUUGUAUGCCGAGAUACAUUUCUUGUGUUGGCUCUCCAGUGGGCUACCUGUUAUGUUUUGAUCCCUGAAUUGUGUGUUGUUGUUAGUUCAGAGGUUGCGUACUAUAUUUGAUUAUGGACAAAGAAGUUGAUUCAUCUUUUAGCUACGGUCAGUACUUGUUUAGAAUCAUGUUGUUCAGUCUUUAUCUUUGUCUUGGCAGCAAAUUGCUAGUUCUGUUCAUAAUCUGUGCUCUCUGAUUUGGUACAGGAGCAGCACUGUAUAUGAUGAUAUUGUUUGUUUUUUAGGGCUCUGUCUAGGUUCUAAUAACUAGAUGAGAACUUUAUAAACUGUCUAGUCGAUGGUGUACUCAAUAGAACAAUAGGGGACAGGACCUUGAUUGUCCUGGGACCAAUUGUUAUUCAUUUCCUGAGAGCACUUUUAUAUACCUACUGUCCAGUUCUUGCUGUACACAUGUCGUCCGAAAUUCUUGAUUAUGAGUUGUUGUCAUUUAUUUCCAAGGUCAUGUGCAGUGGUUUCUUAAUGUUAUGUUUUUGUAUUUUUAUAUGUGGGAUGAUAUCCAUGCUCUCAUUAUCGCAUUAUUAUUUACAACAGUAGCAACGACGUAAUGCAGCGAUUGCCAUUGCCAGCCAACAAAGGCUAUGGCAUAUACUCAUUAGGGAGAAAGAGAUGAUGAAAGAUCAGUGCGGGCGAUUUUGGAACGGGAUGGACUUGCUCAAGGACGUCACUGAAAACAAGCAUUUCCUCCCUACUGGACUUGAAGGCAUUGACACACUUCUUGGAGGUGGGUUGCGUCAAGGUCAGGUAACAGAGAUCACUGGACCAUCAUCUUCUGGUAAAACACAGGUCUGUCUACAUUCUGCUUCAUACGUUGCAGCCAGGCAUAUGGGCGCCGUUAUGUACUUGGAUACUAGUAACUCGUUCUCUCCUAGUCGCAUUGCUAACAUAACUGAUGAACUUCCCAUCUCUUUGGUCCAAGAGCCAAGACAUGUGAGGCUUAAGAGGGCCAUGAGCAGCAUCAUCUGUGAAUCCGUGUUUGAUAUAUUUGCUUUGUUUGAAGUAUUACAUCGACUUGAACUCUCUCUGCUGAAUGACAAGGUAAACAAUGUUGGUAGCAAGGUAUGCUUGCUUAUCAUUGACUCAAUAUCAUCUUUACUUGCUCCCAUCAUUGGAGGCAAGUAUCUACAAGGGCGGUCGAUGAUGAUAUCAAUGGCAAUGAUUCUAAAGAAGUUAGCAGAUGAGCAUAAUCUAUCAGUUCUGGUAACCAAUCAUAUGGUUUCUGCUGGCAAUGGAGCUCUCAAGCCUGCUCUUGGUGAGAGCUGGAAAGCUGUUCCACAUGUCCGCCUGGUGAUAUUCCGUGAUCAUGGGAGUAAUAUAUGCACAGCAACUGUGCUGAAGCACACACUAAUGGCUUCUGGCCGUCCUAUGAAAUUUGUGGUACCCAGCUGAUCUCAGCAACAUGGCGUUACAGAGAAGAUGAGAAUCAGUGAGGAGUCAAGGAUUAAUGGACCAUUGGUAGUUCAAGCCAUACAACUUCACCCACAAUGACUACUUUUUUUACAUGGUGUUUUAUGUUCCAUCAGGCUUGGAGCAGCUUGUGUAUAUGGAGAAAGUAUAUGAUUUGUUCCCUCAGUCGAAUGUGUUUGGCUUCCUGUUAACUUGUACUGAAGCUGCUGGACAUAUGGUAGCCUGACUCCACUUCUACAACACAUUAAGUACAGUGUGCUACAUUACAUGAUUGGUGGGCCAAACACAACAUUAUCUUGAGGAGAAGCUUGAUUGCCAAACAAUAAACAAAUUGAAUUAGCUAGAUUUAUAAGGAGUGGAUGAAACCACUGUAUUUUUUUCAAGUUUAAUAGGGCUUGUUUAGUAUUAUCAUACGUUAGUUUUACUGAGGCUUUUGAUCUUCAAUUUGCUUAUGGGGUGGUAAAAUAAAUAGAGCAAGGUUUGCGCCUGACAAUGGCACAAAGGGUGCCCAAUAGAGAGAGAGAAUAGUAUGUACCCUCAUUUCAUGGGCCA